AUCUUCACACAAAGCAUUGAAUGUGGGAAGGAGAGGACCAUAGUUCUGAUCAAUUUGGUGUAUUAUAGCAUUCUAUGGUCCCAAUUUUGGAUAACUACUAGGCUUUCUCUUAUCCUUCUGAGCAAGUUGAUGCUUUUCUUGAAGUCUUUUACCGGAUGGAAUAUAUGCAACAUACCUAGCUAGCUAGGUCCAUAUCUAUAGUUAUAGUUACCUUGAACCAAAAAAUAAAAUAUCUACCAUAGCUAGAGCACAUAUUUUCCACAAAAUUGAACCCUCUCAUGCUGCAUGAUCCUUCAAUGGAAGCUGCGACCUGACGGAUCAAAUUAAUCAAAACAAGCCAUGCAAACUUCAGUAGUAUACAGCCCGCACCGCUUGCUCUUGGGAAUGGAUUCAGGGAUGCGACCUGAUAGCCAUGGAUGCAGGAAUUCAAGUGAUUACAUCCUCAACAGUGAUGAAAACAGCAACAUGGUGAUAGUUUUAGUAGCUUUGUUAUGUGCAUUCGUUUGUGCUCUUGGAAUAAAGUCCAUUGCACGAUGUGCUAUAAGAUGUGGCUAUAGAAUUGGCUUUGAGACUCCGCAGCAGGCUGCUUCACGCCUAGCUGCGCCCGCUAAUACAGGACUAAUGAAAAGCGCAAUGGGCCAGAUUCCGGUGGUAACUUAUGAAUCAGGACUAAAUAUUCAGGUCACUGAUUGUACAAUAUGCCUUGGAGAGUUUUCGGAAGGCGAAAAGGUAAGAGUGCUACCAAAUUGUAGCCAUGGUUUCCAUGUUAUAUGCAUAGACAAAUGGUUAUUGUUACAUUCAUCAUGUCCCUUAUGCCGACAAACAUUAGCACUUGAUCAGUCAGCAAAUAACUGUGAUGUAGACGAGCCAAAUGUGAGAACACCGAUCCUGGAAAAUGGAACCGGCGGAUAACUGAGCACAAUACACAUGCGGGUGGCGAAACUCGAUAAAGGAGUUGGUUGCCGGCACCAAAUUUCCUGCGGGGGGGUCAAGCCUUGCUUCCAUGGAACAUUCUGUUAUUGUAGAAUGGAGGACAAACAGGAAACUUUAUUUCAUUAAUGUACACAUAUAUUUUCUUUUCUAUGCUUAAGGUUGUGUUUAAUUAAUGUUCUAAAA